AUGAACAUCCCCCUGACGUCUGCAGAGGGCCAGUUCGGUGGAUUCGACAACAGUAGCAGCAAUACUUCCCUCAACUCUCCUUCUUCUACUUCACAGGCCCGAUAUCCUCCUGAGAGGUCUGCCACUUCAUCUUCGGGUCAGGGUAAAGUUCAUAAACCUCCGUCGGCUUGGAAGUCGUUCGUGGCUAAUUUCACUGGUCAAUCUAGAGAUAACCAGGAGGGCAUCCGUAUCAUUUAUCUCAACAAUCCAGAACGAAAUGCUCAGGGCAAAUACCUGCACAAUCGCAUCUCUACUUCCAAAUACAACUACUUUACCUUCUUGCCAAAGUUUUUGUAUGAACAGUUCUCCAAAUACGCCAACAUCUUUUUCUUGUUCACCGCAUGUAUUCAGCAAAUCGAAGAUGUAUCUCCCACAUCCAGAUAUACAACUGCAGUUCCCUUGGCGCUUGUCUUGUUUGCUACAGCUGUCAAGGAGGUCAUGGAAGACUUUAAACGACAUGCAUCAGACAGUGAAACCAAUGCACGAAAGUCCAAGGUUCUUCAAGGAAACGCAUUUGUGCCCAAGCCGUGGCAUUCGAUUAAAGUCGGUGACAUUGUACGUGUGGAGGGAGGCGAGCCCUUCCCUGCAGAUCUGGUCUUACUGAGCUCUUCUGAACCAGAGGGAAUGUGUUACAUCGAAACUAGUAACUUGGAUGGCGAAACCAAUUUGAAGAUUAAGCAAGCAUUACCAGAAACCGCCAGCUUGCUCACACCGCUGGAUGUAUCGCAGAUCGGAGGGCUCAUUCGCUCAGAACAACCCAACAACAGCCUCUACACUUUCGAAGGAACUUUGCUUAUGAACGGUGCACAUGGACAACCCAAAGAGCUACCACUUGAUCCCACUCAAGUGCUUCUCAGAGGUGCUCAACUUCGCAACACUAACUGGGUCUAUGGUAUUGUCAUCUUCACAGGUCACGAAUCCAAGCUUAUGCGUAAUGCGUCGGCAACUCCUAUCAAACGCACCUCGGUGGAAAAGAUGACAAACGUUCAGAUCAUCUUCUUGUUCGGCAUUCUUCUGGCCAUGUCUCUCGCCAGUGCUAUCGGCAACAUGGUCAUUACGAAUAACAACCUUGACAAGCUUUUAUACAUCAGCGUCACUAGAUCAUCUUGGUCGGAUUUUGGGCGCAACAUUCUCACCUUCUUGAUUCUGUACAACAAUUUAAUCCCUAUCAGUUUGAUGGUUACCAUGGAGGUUGUCAAGUUUUGGCAGGCGCAACUCAUCAAUUCGGAUCUGGACAUGUAUUACGAAAAGACCGAUACCCCUGCUCUCGCCCGUACCUCCUCAUUGGUUGAGGAGCUCGGACAGAUCGAAUACAUCUUUUCGGACAAGACUGGAACAUUGACAUGUAACGAGAUGGAGUUCCGUCAGUGCUCUAUUGGAGGAUUGGCUUAUGCGGAUGUGGUUGAAGAUGGAAAGCAGGCUCGUGUUGAAGAUGGCAUGGAAGUGGGUGUGCACGACUUUAAGCAACUUGAUGCCAAUCUUAAGAAUCAUCCCACUAGCAAUGUCAUUGAUGAGUUUUUGACACUCCUUGCAGUCUGUCAUACUGUUAUUCCAGAGCGACAAGAGAGCAAUCCCACAGAAAUUAUUUACCAAGCAUCUUCACCUGAUGAAGGAGCGCUUGUCUCUGGUGCUGCUACCCUAGGAUACAAGUUCACGACUCGCCGACCCCGUUCAGUUAACAUCCAAGUUGGUCCUCAUGAUCUGGAGUAUGAGAUCCUUAACGUGUGUGAAUUCAAUUCGACCCGCAAACGCAUGUCAACCAUUGUGCGUGGACCAGACAAAAAGAUCAAGCUUUACUGCAAAGGUGCAGACACUGUUAUUUUGGAGAGAUUGGGCACUGAGAAUGAGUUUGUGGAUGCAACCAUGCAGCAUUUGGAGGACUAUGCUACGGAAGGUCUUCGCACCCUUUGUGUUGCCAUGAGAGAAAUCCCUGAGAGUGAAUACCAAAACUGGUGCCAAAUUUACGACCGCGCUGCUACUACUAUCCAAAAUCGAUCUGAUGAACUGGAUAAGGCUGCAGAGUUGAUUGAGAAGAACUUAUUCUUGCUCGGUGCUACUGCCAUUGAGGAUAAGCUUCAGGAUGGUGUUCCUGAGACAAUCCAUACAUUGCAGCAGGCAGGCAUCAAAGUUUGGGUCCUCACUGGAGACAGACAGGAAACCGCCAUCAACAUUGGAUACAGCUGCAAGUUGAUUCAAGAAGAUAUGUCACUGAUUAUUUGUAAUGAAGCAACACACUGGGAGACUAAGGAAUUUUUGGAGACUAAAGUCAAGGCCAUCAAGUCGACUUUCCAGCGUGGCGAUGAUAUUGAACCACUGGCACUCAUUAUUGAUGGUAAAUCUCUUGGCUUUGCACUGGAGAAAGAUAUCGAAAAAGUGUUUUUGGAACUGGCUUGUCUCUGCAAAGCUGUCGUCUGCUGCCGUGUAUCCCCUCUUCAGAAGGCAUUGGUCGUCAAGUUGGUCAAGCGUAAUCUCAACUCGAUUCUUUUGGCUAUCGGUGAUGGUGCUAAUGAUGUAUCUAUGAUCCAAGCUGCUCAUGUGGGCGUUGGUAUCUCUGGAUUAGAAGGUCUUCAAGCUGCUCGCAGUGCCGACUUUGCCAUUUCUCAAUUCCGCUACCUCAAGAAGUUGCUCUUGGUUCAUGGUGCUUGGAGCUAUCAGCGUCUCAGCAAACUGAUUCUUUUUAGUUUCUACAAGAACAUUUGUUUGUACAUGACUCAAUUCUGGUAUGCAUCCUAUAACUGCUUUUCUGGACAGACUGUCUAUGAGUCAUGGACCAUCUCACUUUAUAAUGUCGCCUUGACUGUACUGCCGCCCUUGUCUCUUGGAAUCUUUGACCAGUAUGUCAGUGCUAGGAUGUUGGACCGUUACCCUCAGAUGUAUAUGCUAGGACAGAAAAGCGAGUUUUUUAAUGUUAAAACAUUCUGGGGAUGGGCAUCCAAUGCUAUUUACCAUUCUGUUGUUCUGUUCUUUGCCGUGGCAUUUAUCUUCAGGAACGAUUUGAUUACUGUCACUGGUACCAUUGGCGGUGCUUGGGUCAUGAGUGUAACGCUUUACACGGCUGUUUUGGGCACUGUGCUUUUGAAGGCAGGAUUGAUCACAGAUCUUUGGAACAAAUACGCGUAUAUUUCCAUUCCUGGCUCGAUGCUUUUCUGGCUGGGCUUCUUCCCACUGUUUGCAAUUAUUGGUGCAAAGGUCGGAUUGACUCCUGAAUAUGCCGGCGUUGUAGGACCCAUUUAUAGUCAACCUGUUUUCUGGCUCACAAUCAUCCUCCUACCCAUGUUCUGCAACUUGCGUGAUUACACUUUCAAGUAUAUGAAGCGUACAUUCUUCCCAAGGACAUAUCAUUAUGUACAAGAGAUUCAAAAGCUGAACAUCCCAGAUUACCGACCCAGGAUGGAGCGAUUCCGAAAGGCAGUGCACAAGGUGCGGAACAUCCAACGUCUCCGUCGCAACCGCGGAUUUGCAUUCUCGCAAAACGAAUCUGGCACAGGACGUCUUGUCAGAGCAUAUGAUACCACGGCGCAGAAGCCUCGCGGCUAA